AUGGCUCUGCGCGACCUUGUGGCCGUGGGCCCCAAGGUGACCAAGGACGUGAGCAAGCCCAGGCACAGCUGCCGCCCCGGACGUCUGACCAAACACACCAGGUUUGUGCGGGACAUGAUCCGGGAGGUGUGUAGCUUCACCCCGUACAAGCGGCGUGCCAUGGAGUUGCUGAAGGUCCCCAAGGACAAACGGUCCCUCAAGUUCAUCAAGAAAAGGAUGGGGACGCACAUUCGCACCAAGAGGAAGCGGAAGGACCUGAGCAAGGUGCAGGCCACCAUGACGAAAGCUGCUGCCAAGAAAGACUGA